GCGGUAGAAGUGCGUGUGGCUUGGUCCCGGCACCGAGGCCGGCAGAGUUCAGGAGGGGUUUGAACAGCUCUGUCGGGCACAUGGUGUGGCUCCGGGGGGGGUCGUGUGCAGGGCCGCUUGGACUCCGUGAUCCUUGUGGGUCCUGUCCAACUCGCCUAUUCUGUGAUUCCCUAAAGCUGAUGAAAUGCGAAACCUGGGCAUUAACGGGUUUGGGACUAAUGAACAGGUUAACGAAGAGCACUUGUGUAAAGUCUAAACGUCACUGGGCCUUUCCUGCCCCUUACAGCCAGCGUGUUGGCGCUUUCCGCUUACGCACUUGGUCUAAUUCAGGAGAUUGUUUUGAUCUACCAACCAGAUUUCCUUUUGGUCAGGAUACAAGACUAGGCAAAAUGUUUUUAACAACAGUAUUACUGCGGAAGAGAAUUCCUGGAAAACAAUGGAUUGGGAAGUACAGGCGACCGAGAGAGGUUACCAUUUCGAUGAAGCAAGCAAUGAUCCGAAGGUUGGAAAUCGAAGCAGAGAAUGAAUAUUGGCUCAGCCAACCUUACCUGACACAGGAACAGGAAUACAAACACAACGCAGAAGAGAGACGUGCCAAGUGGGAAGCUUUCAAAAGCCUGAAACAAGCCAGGUUUCCUGAGCACAGAUACAUCAGCGAUCAUUUAAACCACUUAAAUGUGUCAAAGAAAUGGACAUGUUGAACAGUACAGCAUAUUUCUGUUUGGCACAUGUCAUGCACUACUCUGGGAUCUGCUGUCAUACCUAUUAUGGCAAUUCACUGUAAUUAGGGUGGGUGACAAAUGAGACUGUGCUAUGGUGUACGAAAUACUACAUUAAAAGUAGUUCUCUGGAA